AUGGUGAAGGCAAGGAAAUACGUUGUGAAAAACUAUUUUAAAGGCGCUCCAAAACGGGACGACUACGAAUUGGUGGAGUACGAACUGCCGGCACUUCAAGAUAACGAAAUACUUGUCAAAGUGGAAUGGAUAAGUGUCGACCCAUAUCAACGCGCUUAUAAUUCCUCAUACAAAGUGCCUUAUGAUCAGUUCGGAUUUCAAGUGGGGACAGUGCAAGAAAGUAGGGAUAGUAAUUUCCCCAUUGGAACAAAGGUGGUAACACAUAAAGGUUGGUCUGAUUAUACCAUUGUUAAAGACGUUGCAGCAAUUGGCGGUUUAAGAGAAAUUUACAAACUGCCUGAUAUGAAAGGUCUGUCACCCUCAUUAGGCGUGGGUGCAGUGGGCAUGCCAGGUGUGACUGCGUAUUUUGGCUUUUUAGAAAUUUGUAAACCAAAAACCGGUGAGACAGUUGUUGUGACUGGCGCUGCGGGGGCUGUUGGAUCUAUCGUGGGUCAAAUAGCGCGAAUCAAAGGCUGUAAAGUUAUUGGCUUUGCCGGAUCUGAUGAUAAAGUACAAUGGUUAGAAAAAGAACUUGGUUUUAAUAAAGCUAUUAAUUACAAAACUGUGGAUGUAAGCAAAGCUUUGAGAGAAGCGGCUCCGAAUGGGGUCGAUUGUUACUUUGACAACGUCGGUGGGGAAAUAAGCAGUAUUGUUAUUAAUCAAAUGAAUAAAUUCGGAAGAGUUGCAGUAUGUGGAAGUAUAAGCUCUUACAAUGAAGAUGCAGCAAAACUACCAAAAGCAACGAUAUUACAACCAGCCAUGGUGUUCAAUCAACUUAAGAUACAAGGAUUCUUAAUCUGGGAGUGGUUUAGUCGCUGGCCUGAAGCUUUUUCCCAACUUGUGGAAUGGAUCAAAAGUGGAGAACUGAAAUCUAGGGAACAUGUGACGGAUGGAUUCGAAAAUGUUUUUGAUGCCUUCAGUGGAAUGCUUGCAGGCGAAAACACAGGAAAGGCGGUUGUUAAAGUC